AUGUCACUCAGCGCUUGCUCCCGUUUCCCCCCUCUGAUCGCGCUCCUUCUCCCGCUUCUCGCGCUGCUCCUCGCACCGCCCAACUCCCUGUGCGCGGCGGAACGAGAGAACCGGUUUAAAUCCGCUACUAUUGCGACACGCUUCAUCCUCCUGCCCAACAACGCUUACGGCGCGAAAUGCCUCGACGGCAGCCCCCCGGCGUAUUACUUCCGCGCGGGAUCGGGCGCGGGGAGGCGCAAGUGGCACGUGCAUUUCCCCCAGGGCGGAUGGUGCUUCUCCCCAGAGGGAUGCGUCGAGCGCGUCAACUCCUCCCUCGGCUCCUCGCACUUCUGGGCCCGACGGCUCCCCGCCAUCGUUGAAAACGGCAAGAAGGUGCCGAAUGCUACGAUCUCCUACCCUCAACUGGGCGGCUUGCUCUCCCGCAGCAAGAGAGCCAACCCGGUGUUCCACGGGUGGAACCUGGUGUGGGUGGUGUACUGUGAUGGUGGCGCCUACAGCAGCACACGGGGGAGGGCGGACCUGGGGGAGGGCGCAUCUGUGUACAUGCAGGGGCGGGAGAUCAUGGCCGCACUCAUUGGCGAUCUCCGCACUCGGCGGGGCAUGGGGGCGGCGUCGCAUGUGCUCUUCUCGGGCAGCUCAGAGGGUGCCCAUGCCAUCAUCAUACCAACCGUCUCCCACCACUCUCCAUCCCCCUAUGACCCCAUCAAUCCCUCAGAUCUCCGCACUCGGAGGGGCAUGGGGGCGGCGUCGCAUGUGCUCUUCUCGGGCAGCUCAGCGGGCGGCCAUGCCAUCAUCAUGCACUGCGACCGCCUCGCUGCCGCCUUCCCCCGCGCCUCCUCCAAGUGCCUUGCCGACUCGGGCUUCUUCGUUGGAGCACGAGUGAGGGACAACUGGGUCUGUUUCUUCCCCGAACACACCCUCUCCAAGAUCAAAACUCCCCUCUUCCUCCUCCAGUUUCACUUCGACUAUCGGCUCAUCUCUCUGGAAAACCAGCUCCCAGAAAACAGCACCCAGUACGAGACAAACUGCCUCACCAUGCAGAUCCUCCUGCCAAACGCCAGUGCCGUGGCUCGCAAGCGAGCGUGGGAUGGGCUCCACUGGAACCCGAAAUUUUGCUUGCCUCAGGAGGUCGAUGCGGGUGCCUUGCACAUUUCUCUCUACCUUUCCUCCCAUCCUUCCUCUUUCCCUUCCCUCUUUCCCCAAGCCCCCCCGCGUACUACUUCCGCGCGGGGAGGGGCGCGGGGAGGCGCAAGUGGCACGUGUAUCUCCCCACGGGCGGAUGGUGCUUCUCCCCGCCUCGAUCGCGCCAACUCUAGCCUCGGCUCCUCGCGCUUCUGGGCCACACGCCUCCCCGCCAUCGUUGAAAACGGCGGAGCAGUGACGAAUGCUAAGGUCUUCUACCCUCAACUGGGCGGCUUGCUCUCCCGCAGCAAGAGAGCCAACCCGGUGUUCCACAGGUGGAACCUGGUGUGGGUGGUGUACUGUGAUGGUGGCGCCUACAGCAGCACACGGGGGAGGGCGGACCUGGGGGAGGGCGCAUCUGUGUACAUGAAUGGGCGCGGGAUCCUGGACGCGCUUUUUGAUGACCUGCGCAUGAAGCGGGGCAUGGGGGCGGCGUCGCAUGUGCUCUUCUCGGGCAGCUCAGCGGGCGGCCAUGCCAUCAUCAUGCACUGCGACCGCCUCGCUGCCGCCUUCCCCCGCGCCCAAGCCUCCUGCCUCGCUGACUCGGGCUUCUUUGUUGGUCAGUGCAGCGCUGUGUUAUUUUCUGAUGCCAAGGACCGCUUUGGGCAGUACUACUGGCGAGAAAAGAUUUUGGCGCUCACCGCUCUGCACCGCAUCAACGUCCCCAACUGCCCAGCAGGAGCACAUGUGAGGGACAACUGGGUCUGCUUCUUCCCCGAAAACACCCUCCCUCAGGUCACCACACCCAUCUUCCUCCUCCAGUUUCUCUUUGACCGCCGCUUAAUCCGCCAGGAGAAUCAGCUGCCGGCAUCCGAUUUCCAGUAUUCCACAGACUGUUUGAGCAAGCAGAUUCUCCUGCCAAACGCCAGUGCCGUGGCUCGCAAGCAUGCGUGGGGGGGACUCAAUUGGAGCCCGUCCGUAUGCUUGCCUCAGGAGGUCGAUGCGGUAUUCUCGAUGGCGGCUGUGUCGUAUAGGGUCCCCGUCGCGGGACCCAAUAUGCCAAUGUCAGUCAUCGCGCUGCGAGUUGCGCAGCUUGCCUCGUCCCGCCGCACAUGCUCCCGAUUCCCCCCCUUGCCCGCGCUCCUCCUCCCCCUGCUGGCGCUGCUCCUCGCGGCGCUGCCCCGCUCCCUGUGCGCGGCGGGACGAGUGAACCGACUUAAAUACGCUACCGCGACGCGCCUCGUGCUCCUGCGCAAUAACGCGUACGGCGCGAAAUGCCUCGACGGCAGCCCCCCCGCGUACUACUUCCGCGCGGGCGCUGGCGCGGGGAGGCGCAAGUGGCACGUGCAUUUCCCCCGGGGCGGAUGGUGCUUCACCCCGGCGGAGUGCCGCGAGCGCGCCAGUUCCCCCUUUGGCUCCUCGCGCUUCUGGGCCCGACGACUCCCCGCCGUCGUAGAAAACGGCGGGGGGAUCAACAGCGCAAAGGUCGCCUACCCUCAACUGGGGGGCCUGCUAUCACGGAGCAAGCUAUUUAACCCCGUGUUUCACGGGUGGAACCUGGUGUGGGUGGUGUACUGUGAUGGUGGCGCCUACUCCAGCACGCGGGGGAGGGCGGACCUGGGGGAGGGCGCAUUUGUGUACAUGCAGGGGCAGGCAAUACUGGCCGCAAUAUUUCGUGAUCUGCGCAGGCGACGGGGCAUGGGGGCGGCGUCGCAUGUCCUCUUCUCGGGCAGCUCAGCGGGCGGCCAUGCCAUCAUCAUGCACUGCGACCGCCUCGCUGCCGCCUUCCCCCGCGCCCAAGCCACCUGCCUCGCCGACUCGGGCUUCUUUGGUCAGUGA